UCGAUUUUGUUCAACUUCCUGUGUAAACAUAACUAUUUUUUCUUAGUUUUAGUUGAUCUUAGAAUGGAUUGUUCAUGAUUUGUCAACAUUGGCUUUGUGCAGAGAUGCUAUAUUUGAUAAUUGUGACGUAAUUGCAUGCGUUUGGUAUCGUUGUGACGCUAUAGAUUUCAAAAUGAACAGAAGCCAACAUUCAAAUACCAGAGCAGUUCAAUCUCUCAUACAACUUGUUCAAACUUUUGUUGAUACAAAAGUUGUGAAGUCAGAAGUAGACAAGUUGCCGAAAAUUGGAAUUGAAUCUUUCCACGAUGAAAAUAAUCUGGAUGUCCUUCACCAUGCCAUCAUCGCCAACAACAUUGAAGCUGUGACAGUUUUAUUUUUCAAAGGAUAUUUUUUGCCACCACACGAGUAUUAUUCAAUAUCUUACAUGCAUCUUGCUGCCAAACUUGGACACAGAACUAUACUUGGGUUACUUUUACAGGACAGACCUCAUGACAAUAAAGCUACUAACUUCAAGUAUCAGUCGGCCAGUCAAAAACACUACAUAAAACCAACGGACGGCGAUGAACGAACCGAAGUUACUCCACUUGAUGUUGCUGGCAAAUGUGGCCAUAUUAGAUGUGUGAAAUUAAUACUUGACCAUUGUUUAGGUCGAUAUCACGGCCGAAAUAAGUUCUCUGGCAAUGACGCUCAUAUCAACAUGGCGUGUCAACUUGAUUCGCCUUCAGCUUUGAGGCUUUUGUUGUCAGAGUCCCCUAUAGACGAUGACGUAAAAAGUGCUGUUGGCGCAGCUUUAAAAUUAGCCAAACCAGAAUGUUUGGAUAUCUUAUUACGCUUACAUCCAGAUUUGAGAUCACUGUUUGGAGGAAUGAACCUAUUCCAUGUUCUAUAUUCCUAUAGUUUCCUUUUUGACAAGAACUGGGUUGAAGCACUACCAACUGUGACCACUGUGUUGAUACGCCAUGGACACAGUGUUGCUUCAAACAUACCCUUCAGAACAUAUCCAUUGUACAGUUUGUUGUGCUUGUAUGUGAAAUGUUAUGAUAUGCCAGAAAAACUUCCUUAUAUUAUCGCUUGUGUUGUACUGCUGCUGAACGCUGGUGCUAAUCCGAAUUUCGACGAAAUUGAAUUUGAAAUUGCUCAGGAAAAUCUUAAUGUUCAAACUGCAUUUGGGAGAUUAGCAUACUCUACUGGAUUGCAUUGCUUCUAUUCGAACAUAUGUAGUUUAAACCUUAAUUUUGAGGAGGGAAUAGAAAUCAAAACGAUUGUUGGAAUGUUGCAACAUUGUACAGAGAUCCUUCUACGUCACGGAUCAAAUUUGCAGCAAAUAGGACGAGUUAACGAGGACGGGUCUUUGAUGGGGACUGCAUUACACUCUUUUUGUGAUAUGUCCAUUUUGAUUGGAUUAGACACAAAGACUCUAUCUUUAUUGUUAAAAUAUGGUGCAGAUCCUGAAAAAGAAUGCAAUGGAAUCUAUCCGAUUAGUUUAAUAUUCGAACAAUUUGUUUGUUGUACCGUAGAGAAUCUCACUAUUAAAGACCUGGAUAUAUUUUUGAAUAUUUUAAAUAUGAUGUCGUAUAAAUGUGUCAAUGAAAUAAUGAACGACACGAUCGAGUAUAAAACUGAAGAUGCAUCUGAACAAAUGAAAUUUCAAAACAAAAUUAUUAGAUACAUGGCAGAUAUACUAAAUGAUUGGACAUUGAAGAAGGAGUGCCAAUAUCUUAUAUUGAAAAACUGCAAGCGAAAGAUGGCAAAAGUUCUCAAACUGCCCAUUCCGAUGCCACUGAAGACUGAAAUUCUAUCCGUAACGCUAAGCUUGGUACCUUGAAAAUUA